AUGAUGGUGUCGCCUCCUCAGGAAGACGUCGUAUUAAACGCAGACUCAGAACCUGUCUUUGAACAUGGAGCCACUCUCGUUUCUUCUCCAUUUCAUGCUGACGCUGAGCAUACGUUCGAUAUAUCAUUUGCUGCAGAAGUCACUGACGACAUGACGUUCGACGACACCACAACAACUAGCAGAAACCAUGAUAGCAUUCCAGAAGAGGCAUUGAAAAUGGUAGAGAUACAGAAGACAAAUCACGGAUUUGGUUUCAACAUUGUCGGGGGGACUGAUAACCCGCAUUUCCCUGGCGACAUUGGAAUUUACGUUUCGUCCGUGAAUUCUGAAUCCAAGUCUUACGGGGUCGUUCGGACAGGUGACAAAAUCUUAUCGUUUGAUGGAAUCGACAUGACUUCCAAAACACACGAUGAAGCUGUCGAUGUAUUCAGAAGCGUUGAAACUGGACAUGUUGCAAAGAUGCUGAUUGAUCGUGAAUACUUAUAUCUUCAAGAAGAUCGCACACAAACCCCAACGGCUUCUGCAAUUCUUUCUCCUCAAGUAACACCACAAACGAACGGAGUCAGAAACACAGACACGCCCAAAUCAAUGACGAAUUCCGAAUCAAAAGGUCGUUUGACUUCUCAUGGAAUCUCAGCAGUUAUAGAAAGAAUUCGUGGAAAAGUUUACGACGAAGAAGAUGCUCAAAGUGUGACAUCAUAUGCCCCGUCUACUCAUUCCAUAAUUGACGAUGUUCCGAGAACUCCACGUAAACCACUCAGUAUUCUGGACCCAAGAAAUAACUCGUGGAUCACGGAGGCACUGUACGUCUCAAUCGGACUUGGUGCUCUAACCCUAUCAGGAUAUCUUGUCUACAGAUUCAUCAGAAGUCGCAAGUAA